AGAAACAGCAGAGAUGGCCUCUGCAGCCUUCAAAUCCACCUCCAAACGAGGGGGAAGUCUAAAUUCCAAUUGCACCAACGCUCAGAAUUCCCACCAUUCCCAAAACCCCACCAUCAGAAGGCAACGAUCUCAAAGCGUCAGCGCAGUUUCCAGAGCCAAACAGUCCCUGAACGACAUUUCUUCUGAAUUUUCCAACAAAAGAGAGAACCCACUUUUCUGGGCGGCUAAUAGUACUAUUUCUACUGCUGAUGAUCAAGAAAAAGAUGAAAAACAGAGAAGGGUUGUUGAGGCGACGGGUACAACUGCUGCUGAGAGGGGACGAUCAGUUACGAGGAAUUCUUCUGCUGGGCUGAAGAGUAAUGGAAUUGGGCGUAGCUUGUCUAGAGUUCGUGGAAGGUCCGUCUCUAGAGGACGCUAUGGAUCCUAUGAGAGUGAUAAGGAGCAAGAAUUGGUAAGAUUGAAUAAUGCUCAACAAGAUUUUAACUUUAAGCAAGUUGCUAACAAUUUGAGAAGUGGGAAUACAGUAAAAAAUGGAGCUGAUAGGCAGGGAUGGAUCAAGAGUUCACCAAUGCCAAGCAACCAUGGCCAAGCAACUGAGUGUUCUGAAGAGGAUUCCGUUUGCAGUUUUCAAUUUUCAAACUGGGAAGAUGGGAUUUCAACAUGUUCCCUAUCAGAAACUGAAGAGAAAACCAUUAUUGCUGUUUGCGAACAAAUGAAGGGUGACAAAUGGGGAGGUGAUGCUGCUGAUGCUAGUGGAAUAUAUGAAACUGUCCGAUCAGAAGUGAGACGUGCUAUCUCAAAUAUGCAAAAUGACAUUGAAAGUGCUAUUCGACGGGGUAAUGUUAAUGGUAUUGUGACUGCAGACAUUGCUGAUAUACCUCCACUCAGUGUCAACUCUGGUUCUGUUGAAUCGGUCUUGGACAUCAGAAGAGAAUAUGCCCAAAAACUUGAAGAGUCUGAAGAAAGAGCAAGAAAACUUAGAGCAGAUCUGGCUGUAGAAGAGCACCGUGGGCAGGAGUUUAGUAGAAUACUUAAGGAGACACUUCCUGAUCCAAGAACAUCUAAUCCUCAGAAAUCCCGUGCUGGAAGAAAAAGAAGCACUGAAAGGAAAAAGAUAUCAAAAUGUCUUGCAGAAGAAGCUAUGGCAUAUUUCGAUGAAUGCGUGUCAAUAUCAACCUUUGAUAGUUCAGAUUUUUCUGCAUCUGAAGAUCCAUCUCAUAUCUCUGCUGGAUCCUCGACUGCAGUUCAUGACAUUGUGCCUGUACUUCAAGGAAGUUUGAGCGUCAAUCUACCUCUUCAUGCACAUGAUAGUUUCUCGAAGGAAAAACAGACACUGGGGGGGCAUGGUCAGCUGAUGCAAAGCCGUGAGGAUUCUAAUUUAACUGCACAUAGUAGUAGCAAUGCGCUCACCGUGGACCAAGUAGAUAAAAGGAGCAAAAGCAGAGGAAGCAGUGAACCUUAUCGGUUUUCGUUUGCUCAAAAACCAAAAGAAAACACGGGACCUCAAAACAACAUCACGAAUUAUGUAAAGCAUUUUGAAAGAGGCCUUGGUACAAAGGCAGCAGGCUCAGAUUAUACAAGAACGGUAUAUGAUACUGGUGAGUUUGAUUUACAUGGUUGUCUUGAAAGCUUCUUGUUCGAAAGGGUGUUUUUCAGGAAAAGAGUAGAAUCUGGAAGCCUGCAUUUAUGUGGUGGAAGUGGUUCAGUCACCUUUUCUUCUUUUGGUUCUGUCCCGUGAAUCUUGGAAGCUGGGAAACUCAAUUUUAAGCGGCCAUGGGCCUGCUUGGCUUGCGGCUGACAAAUUCAUUUUGGGGUUCCCUCAGUGGCAGUUCUUGACUUCGGAAAAGUUGAUGAGGAGUCGGGAUUGUUGCUAUGAAAUGGUUUUAGUUUUUUAAAGACAAUGGAAACCUGUUUGAUUGCAGUUUUUUGAAACAUAUGAAAAGGAAAGAUGUUUUUGGAUUGGGGGUUUUUGCAUUAUUAACUUCCUUAUACAGGAUUAUGUUUUCAAACUUCCUUGUGGAUCGUGUAGAUACGAUGUCUUUAUUUGGCUUAUGUCGCCAUGCUGGAGAUGACUCCGCAAUGCAAGCAGUUUAUAAGAAGGGUUGGAAAUACACUCUUUAUCACA